GGGAAAUACUACGUCAUCGUUACAAAUGGCCGACGUUGUAAACAAGGCAGAGGAAUACAAGUUUUAGUUCGCUAGCUAGCUAGCUACAUGUUUACCACACAAAAAAAUGAAUAGCAUAGACUGCGAGCGUUUGGACAGCUUGGACGGCUGGGUCGCCAUCAAAACGAACAUAUUCGAAGAAAACGAGACGUUCAAGCUCGGUUUUAUCGUUCAGUGGAAUGUGAUCGAGUCCAAGUUCGCGGUCACCUGUCACAACAGAACUCUCCAGCGACAGAAGCGCAAAGACCAGCUUGCUGUCUGCGAAACCGAAACAAGCUGGGCCGGACUCUUCUCUGUUAACGACUUAAAAAAUGUCCACCGUCAGUUUACAGGGGUCGGGGAUGUCGUCGCACCCUAUUUCCCCGACCUGUCGGACUUCAAGGAGGGUAACAUUUGGGACAUGAUCUUUCUCGGUAGCAAUCGGACGUUCAACCAAGAUGAUCAAGAGAGAGAUCUGGAUACACCUUGCCGUCAGCUGGAGAAGUACUUCAGCACUGCGAUAGAUAUCUGUGGCAGGAAGAUAGUGCUGGACUCGCUUUUCCCGCAGGACGAGCGAGAUGUCGAGGAGUACUUUGAGAACAUGCAGGAGUUCAAGAGGAAAACCAUGCAGGAUGAGGUCACCAGGGCUAAGGAUCACCUUAGAAAGAUCCUUCAGAGUCAUGGAGGUGCAGACAGAAUGAUUCUACUGCUACAGAUCUACCACGAGGAGGACCUAGCCUACCAGGACCUGGUCACCGUAGCAACCACCUUCUACCAGUACCUGCUGCAACCCUUCAGAGACAUGAGAGAACUGGCAGGGCUCUACAAGAUGGAGAUACUGAAGUCUCUGGAUGAGGAGGAGCUGGGUCCUAAGAGGAUAGCAGCACUGGAGAGAGAGGCAGAGGAGUGGAGGAGGAGAGGAGAGGAUGCAGUCUCCUCCAUACAGGACAUCACAGUCAGCUACUUCAUAGAAACAUCCAAAGCCCUUGGAGGUAUGCUGCGUGUGAUGGGGGAGGAUAAGCGUGGUUUUGGUCAGGCCUCCUGGGCCUCAGCAGCUCCUAGACUGGAGAAGCUGCGUUUCCUGCUGGCUAAAGAGACCCUGCAACACAUGAGAGCAACUGAGAUGUGUCUGCACCGCAAGAAACACACCAUCAGAGAGAAGAUGGGAGGUCUGUCUGGCCAGGACCAGAGGGGACCAGAGACUGUAGAUAACCUAGAGCUUCAGUACUAUGAGGCUCAGCUAGAACUCUACGAUGCCAAGUUUGAGAUCCUCAAGAACGAAGAGCUCCUAUUGGUCGCUCAGAUCGACACCCUGCGACGCCAGAUAAAAGAGCUGAAAGAGGAGGUGGUGUAUUAUGAUGUGUGUGAGGAUCCAGAGGAGCUCCAAAGCCUAUCACAGACAGCUGCACCUUUAGACCCCACCCACUCACCUGUCAAUAACCUGGGGCGAUGCCUACAGCAGCUGGAAGCCAAGAGAGGGAACAUCUGUGCCCGCCGCGCAUACCUCCGCAACAAGAAGGAUCAGUGUGUGGAGGCUAACGAGCAGAAGCACCGUCUGGCCCAGCACAGCUCCACUCACUUUACCCAGCACCACGGAGUAGCCCUGAAGAGAGAGAAGAGGAGAGAGGAUGAAGAGAGGAGGAAGGAGUGGAUGGACCAGGAGAGAGAGAGAACCCUGAGCAGACUCCGCUCCUUCAGAGAGAAGCGACAGGGAAGUUACGUCCUGAAGACUCCACGAUCCAAGAUGGCUGCCAGGGAGCCGCAGUGUUCCGACCUCUCCCAGCCUCUGUCAAUCAUUAGCAUCGGCCCCUCCCCUUCAUCUAAUGGGGCCGCCCCCAGAAAGACCCCCAGGAAACUCAAACCGAAAGACAUCCCCGUCCAAAUAUUCACUCCUCCUCUCCCUCUCCUUCGCCUCUGCCAACUACACCUCCCACUACAGCUGUACCCCCACCUCAGACCUCCUCUCCUCCUCCCCCCUCCUCCUCCACCCCUCCCUGCCCUCACCCCCUGUAAGACAGAGGUAGGCGACUCCCCCAUGCCUCUCAGUGAGAAAGAGGCCGCACCCUUCCCUGCCAAAAUGACCCUGAAGCAGAACCUAGGUUCUAUGGACGAGGUGUUGGCAUCAUUACAGCGUGGUCAGGUCAGGCUGCGUCGUGUUCAGCCCCUUGCCCCUCCUGGUCCCGGCCUGGCGCCCUCCGGUGGCGACCUCAGGGAUAACAUCAUGUCUGCCAUCAGACUUGGGGUCAAACUACGCAAGGUGGUCCCAGCAGUGCCCCUGCCCCAGGACAGCAGGGACACGGAUCUGCAGAAGAGCAUCAAGGCAGCCAUGCAGAGGAUGAAGAAGGUCUCCUCCGACUCAGAUGAAGAUGAGGAGAGAGGAGAGGACAACACGCCCUUGGCUGAGUGGGACAGCUGAGAGGAGACGUAUGCACGGACAGACAGACACUCGGACGCGCACGGACACAUCCAUAAAGCAGGCGUACUGCGUGUGUGUGUGUGUGUAUACAGCAGGGAGAACAAGUAUUUGAUACACUGCAGGUUUUCCUACUUACAAAACAUGUAGAUAUACUUAUGUCAUGCAAUAAAAUGCAAAUUAAUUACUUAAAAAUCAUACAAUGUGAUUUUCGUUUUAGAUUCCGUCUCUCACAGUUGAAGUGUACCCAUGAUUAAAAAAAUUACAGACCUCUACAUGCUUUGUAAGUAGGAAAACCUGCAAAAUCGUCAGUGUAUCAAAUACUUGUUCUCCCCACUGUAUACACACACACACACGUACAAAUCAAAACAUUCACUAAUCAAUAGGUUAACCAUGUUGCCAAUGGUUUAGUCGUGUGAUUAUGCAGGUUUACUGUUUGACGUAAAACUUGAUCCAUAGAGAAGAGAUCGUAUCUUAAACACCCUGAAAAUGUUUAACUAAAGCACUGUGCCCAAAUAUCCACCACCUGUUACCACGGUUCAAGGCUACAGCCUUUUUUUUCCACCAAGCUUAGAAACUAGCUGUUAUCUGGCUAAAAAGCUCCCACCAAUUCCAGAUUUUCAUGAAUUCUUGUUUGUACGCUUGUCUAGUCUUCCGUUUGCAAACGAGCCUGAGGACUUGACAUUGAAGUAUUGUCCAACUGCUUUACACAGAGAGAGACAGAGAGAGACAGAGAGAGACAGAGAGAGACAGAGAGAGAGAGAGAGAGAGAGAGACAGAGAGAGAGAGAGACAGACAGAGAGACAGACAGACAGACAGAGAGAGAGAGAUUCUGUGUCUGUGUCUAUGGUUGCAGUCCCCUGCAGCGUGUUCAACUAGAACAGGUGGCAGACCUUACCGUGUAAUGCGGUUCAGUUUGUCAUCGUAUUACACUACAUCUCCCUUAAUGUUUUGUUUGUCUAGUGCCAGUUGGAACUGGUGUCCCCCCCUUCAUAGCAUAACUGACGAACCAUUGAAGGAGAAAACAUUUAUCGUUUUUUGUUGUUGUUGUUUCUGCUUCAUGAUUUUAUCUACGGAUGAAAAUGAGCUCGUUUUGCCACAUUUACUUUGAGGAAAACUGAAAUGUUGAUGACUGUGCACUCUGUCCUACAACGCCAUAUUAAUCGCUGUGAUGAUAAAAUAACCCUUUAAGUAUAUGACCUCUGCCCUUCAUGAACAGAAUAGAGCUUUACCCAGUUUCCCACCAUGAACUAAAACAAUAGGAUGUAGUUGACCCCGUAGGCACAACAGUCCUAGGAUCAGCCUCCUCUCCCCCCAAUCCCAACCUUUUAACCAUUAGGGGGAAUAAUCUAAAACUGGCCUUGGGUCAGUGUCUAGGGGGCCAACUUCACCCUAGUAUUUCUAAUGAUGCUACGUUAUUACAUGGCACAUGAUUUGACCGGGUUGUCAUGGAGACGCAAAAGGCCGUGUUCCAGACUGCCCUGCAAAAGCAGCAUCUUUUAGACAAAUGAACCAAUGAUUGAAUAUGUAAGAUUUGGUGCGUGACUGCAAUGUAGGUGGCCUGGAACAUGGCCAGAUGUAUAAACGAGCGCCAAUGCACUGAUUUAAAUAUUUUUUUUGUAAACUGUCAAACCCAGUUUCCAUUCGACUGUUAAGUGUUAUUUUAAAGAGAGAACGUUGUCAUUAAUGCUCAAGUGCCUUGGGGACUGUAAGUUAUUACGAGCUGUCAUUCACCAAUAAACUGUUGUUGAAUCAGG